GCGAACUUGGCUAUGCAAUUGAAAAUCCAAACUGCACCGCUGUCCCUCUUCUCCGCACUUGACUCCGAUGUAUCCCUAGCAACUUCAUCAUGGCUGCAUCGUACCCAGACUAUGACCGAGGGCCGCACCUGGCUGCUGUGUACAUUGCAGGAUGCGCCGUUUCCUUCGUCUUCGUGGCCAUGCGCUUGAUGGCGCGGUUCAGCAUUGCGGGUGUGGGCAUUGACGACUGGUGCAUGUUGAUAACUUGGAUAGUCUUCCUGCCCCUCACCAUCCUCUUGAGCAUCCUCUGCUUCGAAGGCGGCACGCGCCAUCUCUCGUACCUCUCGCAGGAUCCGGCGCACGUCGUGUACGUUGUGAAGAUGAAUUGGGUCGCGCAACCACUCGCAAUCUUUUGUCUCGGGUCUGGCAAGAUCGCCGUCGCGUUCCUGAUCGUCCGCUUGCUCAACCGCGCAUCUGUGUGGAAACGAUGGAGCCUGUACGUGGCCAGUGCAUGGACGAUGAUCAACACGAUCCUGAUGAUCAUCUUCACCUUCGUGCAGUGCGAAGACCCGGCGGCGUUGUGGGAUCCAUCCGUGAAGAGCAGGACAAAGUGCUGGGAUACGCGGGUGCAGAGCAGCUUCUCCAUCUACGGUGCAGCAGUUCAUUCGCUGAUUGACUUCUACCUGGCGCUGUUACCGGUGACGCUUGUGUGGGGUCUGCAAACAAGCCUUCGGAAGCGCAUUGCACUGUGCGCCUUGCUUGGAUGCGGUAGCAUCACUGGCAUCUGCGCGGCAGUCAAGGCAAGUAAGCUCAUCUCGCUCAAUGCGAGGUCCGACUUCACUUGGGAGACUUUUCCUCUUUUCCUGUGGACUGGCAUCGAAAUUAUUCUGCUGAUAGUCUGCGGCUCAAUUCCGGCUCUAAAACCGAUAUACGCUAUAUGCAUGGGCCGUCGCCCAUCCAUGCGCUCCAGUCAGAACAAGGGCACUGGUCCGAGCAGAAAGUCGACCAUGAGGCGAUCGUAUGCGAGGUACAAAGACACUGACACGGCGAUCGGGCUUGCGGGUGUCUCUCCAUCGUCGGCAGCCGUCGUGAGCAGGGUUUCCGAGGACGAGAUGGAGUUGAAUAAGGACUACGAGAAGUCGCUGGGAGGAAUACAUGUAACGAGGACCAUCGCUAUUGAAUAACACGACGCCAUCGUCUCUUCCUCCUCUAGACUUUCCCUCCGGGGACCUACUGUCGUUCUCUUGUAUACCGCCUUUUGUUAGCAUCGGCAGUCCUUGCUCAUCGCAACGACCGAAGCG